AUGGAAGACCGCUACAUCCCAAACACCCAUUCCCGGCAGGGUCCUCUCCGCUUAACGGAGACACCAGAGAUCUGCGUCCGGCGAGCGCUGGAGCACAUCGUUGCUGAAGCACCACCCCGUCCUGAGUACAAUCAUCAUCAUUGCCAUGGCCUUUUCUCUGGUCCAACAGCCCUGGCAUUCUUAUUCUACAGGGUCGGCUAUAUCUAUCCUACUAUAAAGAUCGGAAAUCUUUCCCUUCGUUACUGGAUGAAUCUAUACAUUAGUGCCAGACGCAUUGGAGCUCCAUCCUCCCGAUGCGGUCUGACGAGCGAGAUCGCGGGGCUAGCGACUGUCAAGACCUUAUUGGACAGGCACAAUGCGCCAACACUUCUCAGAGAAUUAAACGAGAUCAUCAAGAACACCCAGGGUCCUCAUGAACUACUCUACGGCCUGUCUGGUCUUUUAUACAUGAUCCGUCUCGUGGAGUUUUGGUACCCAGAUCUCACUUCUUGCUUUGCCGAGAUCAAGAACAGGAUCAUCGACCGCAUCAUUGCCGCUGGUCCAGACUGGACCUGGCACGAAAAGCGGUAUAUUGGCGUUGCCCACGGCGAUAUGGGGAUCCUGACGCAACUGAUUCUGACGGAUCCGAACUUGGCAAAGGGGUCGUUCGCUAACAGUAAACUAGAUCUCUUGUUGAAUCUGCAGCAGAGCGAUGGCAACUGGCCUACGAAGGAGGGUGAAGGUAGAGGGGGAAGCACCUUAUGCAAAUCUGCCACGGGGCCCCCGGGUUUGUCAUUUCUCUGGAGUCUUUGCGACCAUUCUUUCCCAACAUGA